CUCCGCUCACACACACACACGCGUCUCAAACCCCGCCCACCGUGAGUCACGUGAGGUCACCGCAAUCCCUGCUCCGUCCUCGGGUGACGUCAUGAGCGUCUUGCUUCCAAACAUGGCGGACUUUGAUACCAUAUACGAGUUGGAUGAGGAGGAAGAAGAGGACGGAGAGGACCGGGAAACGGGCUCUGCCCGGGUGGUGGCCGAGGAACAUUUACUCCGAUACGCUCCGGACCCGGUGGUAGUGAGGGGAGCCGGACAUAUUACCGUGUUUGGUCUAAGCAACAAAUUUGAUGCAGAAUUCCCUUCGGUUUUGACCGGAAAGGUUGCUCCAGAGGAGUUUAAAAUCAGUAUUGGUCGUGUAAAUACCUGCUUGAGAAAGAAUCUCCCCCUCAAUGUGAAAUGGCUGCUAUGUGGCUGUAUCUGCUGCUGUUGUACAUUAGGCUUCAGUUUGUGGCCUGUUAUAUGCCUGAAUAAAAGGACAAGGAGAUCUAUUCACAAACUCUUGGACUGGGAGAAUAACAGAUUAUAUCACAAGCUUGGCUUGCACUGGAAACUGAGCAGAAGGAAAUGUGAAUCAAACAAUAUGAUGGAAUAUGUUAUACUCAUAGAAUUCUUACCAAAGUACCCGAUAUUUCGACCGGACUGAAGAUGAUGUGCUUCUGCUUCAUUUCAUAAUAUUUUGUUACUGGUCAUUCCUACCCUUAGUGCCUUUUUAGAUGGUUUGUGGAAAGAAAAGGUAUACUACUGUGUUUUAAAAACACAAAAUGGGUGUCUUUCUUUUUUUUGUAUAGCAGUACAGUGUCCUAAUAGCUUCUGUAUUUUUUACAUGUAUAAAGAAAAUCAAGAUUUGCACACUUAUUUUUUAUGUUAAGGGAAGCUUUCUGUGUUGCACUUCAUUUUGCCCAUAUGGUGCAAGUGUUACGCAGCUCAUUUUGCUGUAAGCACUUCACACUGAUGGGAUUAAUAUUCUAUAUACACUCAAUGUAAAUAGUUGCAGUUAGGGACAUGCAUCAAUGCUGCUUUAACUCUAGCUUAUUGCCUUAUUGUACCUAUGUCUCUCCUAUUUCUUUUUUUUUUUACACUAAUACAAACUGAAAUCUGUUUAUACACUUGAGCCCUAAAGGUAGAGGGGUAAGCAGCUUGGUUAAAUCACUACGGCUCAGGCAAGCCAUGCGGAGCUUUGAAGUGGAGAAAACGAAGGAAGUUCACACAUUGCCUGGUCUGUUGUAAAGUGCGAUGUCGCUGCUUAUGGGACCGUACUACAAAUACAAUGUAUCAGUGUUGUGGUUAUUAGAGAUCAGCACCUCAGAAUAAGAAUAUAAUGAAAGCUGAAAUAGAUUAUUUAACCAAAAACUGUAAAUAUUGCCUUUUCAGACCUGCAAGUGUUAUACUUAUGUUUACAGAAUGUAAUAUAGCUGUUACAGUAUUGCCAAUUCUGGUUGAGCUUAUAAACUUACAUGUAGGCUUCAUUUGAUUGUAUGAACCAUUUUACAGUUACAUGAGACUAGUCUGCAUUUUUUUUUGUGCUGUUGGCCUACCAGCGAAGGCUUAUGUUAUGUUUUUAGGCCAAAAGCUGGUGAUAUAUGUAAGUAAAUGGCCAACUUGCACUUUACGAGUAUGUGUUUUUGUGUUGGGAGCAGGCCAUCUUCUGGUGUUUAAAAACCCACAUUGAGAACCCCAGUAUUGUAUCUAUUAUAUACUACAGAAUUUAUGUGAUUAGUUUUAAUAUAGGGGAUUUUAGGCUUUACAAGUUUGGUUAGUCAUUGGCUCCAAUAUUGCAGUGCUCUGAUCGCCACAGAGAAUUCCUCUUGAAAUGCAUUUCCAGCUUUUGGUGUGAUUAAAGAAAGAAGGGCUAGAACCUCUGUCAGUAACUUGGCUAGGAAGAGAAUUGAAAACGCCUCACAAGUCAUUUGGAGGACUCACCCCGACAGUUGUCAUUGGGGCAAAAAGUGAGGCUAAAUCCAGUGAAAAGCUGUAAAUGUAUAGGUAGGUGGGGGCAAAUCUCCCAGUAGACACGUUUUGACAAAUGUCCCCAAUUUGGGCAGGUUUACUCUCACUAGUUAGCUUCUGGGACUAAAAGUGGAAUGUCCCUAGCACAAACAUAAGCAGCAAUAAAAACCUGGCAGAGAUUCUAACGCUUCCUCCUCUGAAAUUCUGCUUGAAAACCUUGACUUCUCUUAAAUAAAUUUCAACUUGGAAAU